CCACAAACAAAAUAAAUUUAUGGUAGAAACUAUCAUUGUUGAUAAUUCACUUACAGAUGACGAAAAAACUGAAGCAAUAAAAAUAUUAAAUAUUGAUUAUGAUCGAAAUAAAGUUAGAAAUAAUGAAGGAACAAGAAGAAUUUGUGAAAAUUGUAAUCAAGAAUGUUUAGCUACAUUAUACUGUGAAUUUUGUUUUCGAAAUUAUUUAAAAUUAAAAUUUUCAAAUUGGACAUCCGGGAAUGAUAAUAUAGAUAAUUUAAUACAAAAAUGUCAAAUGGAAACUUAUGUACCAUAUAAAAUAAUUGAAUGGAUUCCAUAUGAUAAUUUAAAGGAUAUUAAAUAUCUAACAAAAGGUGGGUUUUCUGAAAUUUAUACAGCAAUUUGGAUUGAUGGAGAAUAUGAAGAAUGGAAUUCUAAAGAAAAAAGGUUAACAAGAUGUGGUUCUAUGGAUGUAGUACUUAAAAGUUUAGAAAAUGUUGAAAGUGCAAAUCAAAGUUGGUUUGAAGAGGCUAUAUCACAUUUGACUAUAAGUAAUAUGUAUGAAGAAAUUGUCAGAUGUAAUGGCUUAACACAAAAUCCAUCAAAUGGAAAUUAUAUGCUUGUAAUAGACAGGAUGAAUACUGAUUUAAGAAAAUAUUUGCAACAAAAUCAUAAUCAACUCACUUGGAAAGAAAGAAUUAAAAUUACAUAUGAGAUAACUAAUGCUCUUUGUUCUAUUCAUGAAGAAAAUGCAAUUCAUAGAGAUUUACAUUCUGGAAAUAUAUUAUAUUCAGAAAUAAAUGAUUCCUGGUAUAUUAGUGAUCUUGGAUUUUGUGGGCCUGCUGAUAAACCAACUAAAAGUAUUUAUGGAAAUCUUCCUUAUAUAGCACCUGAAGUUAUAGCAGGAAGAGAAUAUACCUUAGCAUCUGAUAUAUAUAGUGUUGCCAUGCUUAUGUGGGAAAUUUCUUCUGGACAACCACCAUUUAUAAAUUAUGAAAAUGAUUAUUAUCUUGCAACAAAUAUUAUUAAUGGUAUAAGACCAAGAAUUGUUUCAGAAAUUCCUUUGGAAUAUAAAAGUUUAAUGGAACAAUGUUGGAAUGCCAAUCUAUCAGAAAGACUUGAUACUCAGACACUCUUUGAUAAAAUGAGUGAAAUUCAUUUAUUGUGUCAAAAUAGACCAGAUGAAUUAAUUCAAUCAAAAACAAAAAAGUAUUCAGGAAUAAAUGAAAUUAAUAGUAAUUAUACAGGUAGCAGAUUAUUUAAAAGUAAAGUUCAUCAAUUUGAAAAUUUUCCUGAACCAAAAAAUGCUACAGAAGAAGAACAAGAAGCAUUCCAUAGUAAAUCAUAUUGCUUUAGCAUUCCUUAUAAUAUUGACGAUUUUAAUAAUCGGGUUCUUGAAGAUAAUAGUAAAAGCAACUUAUCUAAGGAAUUUAACGAGUUACAAAUAAAUGAUAUUCAAAAUAAUUAUAAUCGGGAAGAAAUAUUGUCACAGCGAAUGAUGGGACAUCAUAUUAAUAUUGAUGAUGAUGAAGAUGAAAUAUAUAAUAAUCCAAAUUUUCAUUCAGAAGAGCAAGAUGAAUUUAAUAUUCCUGAUGACCUCUAGGUUAUUUAAAUGCAGAUGUAUUUUUUUAUGAAUUGAUUUUGUCAAAAGUUCUUUUUACUAAAUUAUUUAACCACUUGAAUUCAUUAUUAUAUAUAUAUAUUUUGUUUAAUUUAACGCUAACAGC